GCUGCUGAUACCCUUGCUGUGAGGCAGAAGAGAAGGAUCUACGAUAUCACCAACGUUUUGGAGGGGAUUGAUCUCAUUGAGAAGAAGUCAAAGAACAGCAUUCAGUGGAAAGGAGUAGGUGCUGGCUGCAAUACAAAAGAAGUCAUAGACAGGCUGAGGUAUCUGGAAGCUGAAAUUGAAGAUCUAGAGCUAAAAGAAAAAGAAUUGGAUCAGCAGAAACUGUGGCUUCAGCAAAGUAUCAAGAAUGUCAUGGAUGAUUCUACAAACCACCAAUUUUCAUAUGUCACACAUGAAGAUAUCUGCAACUGCUUCAAUGGAGACACACUUCUAGCAAUUCAAGCACCUUGUGGCACACAGUUAGAAGUGCCUAUACCUGAAAUGGGACAGAAUGGACAGAAGAAAUAUCAGAUCAAUCUUAAAAGUAGUUCAGGACCUAUCCAUGUGCUGCUUAUAAAUAAAGAGUCAAGCUCCUCCAAGCCCAUGGUGUUUCCAGUUCCUCCACCCGAUGACCUUGCACAGCCCCCAUCACAACCUGCAGCUCCGGCGACUCCACUUAAACCUGCUACAGCUCCUCAAAAUCCGCCAGAACACCACGAUCUGAACCAAGGACAAGAGUUACCACAAACAUCAGUUGCAGACACGCCAUCAGACAGCAGAGUGCAGCAGAACAGCACAACCCCAGCAGCUCCUUACUCCAGCCUCCCAGAGUCGGUGUUGUACCCCGGCCUUUCGGGAGAUGUCGCCCAAGCUACAGCUAGCUCAAACGACUACCAGGGCUUGCUGCCUCUGGAUGUUAACUGUAUUCUCAAGCCAAACUCAUUCGACAUUGCAAAGAUGGAGGAGCCCGCAGGAAAUAUCAGUGGGGAUAUUAUUGAUGAACUCAUGUCUUCUGACGUUUUUCCUCUCUUACGACUCUCUCCUACUCCUGGAGAUGACUACAACUUUAACCUGGAUGAUAAUGAAGGAGUCUGUGAUCUCUUUGAUGUGCAGAUACUAAAUUAUUAGAUAUUGUGUCAACCAGACUACUUAUCUACCUCUAACUAUAACAUUCUAGACUUCUUCAUAACCUAAGUAUUUGAAUAAUGAAUGUAUAACUUCUUAGUUCACUGACUCUGGGAGUAUAUUUCCUUUUGCUUCCUUUAACUACUUCACAAAAAUUCAACAACCAGAAAAAAGGGCUUCUAUGAAAAAUUCUGGCACGUUUUUUCACCUGUGUGUCCUCUGUGUAAUCAAACUGUUUGAAGUUUUCUUACUAAAGAAAAGUGAAAAUGCUUUAUAGCCUUUUGAUCAUUUUUUAAAAAUGUCUAAGCUUCUUGCUCAUAAUUGACAGCAUAUUCUUUGAAAUUUUACUGCCAAGAAGCUGUCUAUUUUUUUUUUAACCUUUCAAUCAAUUUUGAAGCUUUUACUGCCAAGCUGAAAAGUGAAGGAUAUCAACUUGAGUUAUGCUAAACUGUUUCAGUGAACCAAUUUUGUGAAGUGCCUUCUGUUUUAGCACUUUAAGUUUCUCACACUGACUUCUGACAUUCCACUUUCCUAGAUGAUAGGAAAGGUCUGUUUGUAGUUUGUAUUAAAGUGUGCCAAUACUUGUAUAUUAACAAGAUUUUUUUAAUAAAAUUGUACAAACAAA